AUGGACAUUGGAGGCUCAUAUGGGACGCUGGGAGGCCCUAACAUUACGAUUCGAAGCCUGUCAAAGGAUCAUAUUGAUUUCAUUUUGAGCGACACGGAUUUAAGUGUGGCCAAUGCUCUUCGUCGUGUCAUGAUUGCCGAGGUACCAACAGUAGCAAUCGAUAUGGUAGAAAUUGAAACGAACUCAACGGUGCUCGCCGAUGAAUUCAUUGCACAUCGACUCGGCAUGGUUCCGAUCGAUAGUCGAGACGUCGAAAAAUUACGAUACACCAGAGAUUGUACCUGUUCGCAAUAUUGUCCAGAAUGUUCAGUUGAGCUGACCUUGCAUGCCAAAUGUACGGAUGAUCGGACAAAGGCCGUUACCAGCCGAGAUCUUAUAUCCUCUAACCCAACAUUUGCACCGGUAUUACAAGAUAAAAACGACGCUGGUGUAAUGCUGGUGAAACUUCGGAAAGGCAUGGAAUUGAAGCUAAAAUGUAUUGCGAAGAAGGGUGUCGCAAAAGAGCAUGCCAAAUGGAGUCCUGUCAGUGGUGUCGCAUUCGAAUAUGAUCCACACAAUAAAUUGCGGCAUACACAAUAUUGGUUUGAAGAAGAUGAGAGCGAAUGGUAA